AUGGUGCCGUGCCUGGUGCCGUGCCUCGUGCCGUGCCUGGUGCCGUGCCUGGUGCCGUGCCUCGCGCCGUGCCUCGUGCCGUGCCUGGUGCCGUGCCUGGCGUCCACGACGUUGUCGGACUUGAGCGGCGAGCGCAGCGUCAGGGCAGCGAUGGGCGCUCUUCGCAUCCAGCUCCCAUGGUCGGUGAUGUUCAAGACGGAGAGGCGCGGACACGGGCCUUGUCACGCCAAUAAGGCGGCCGACAUGAGGGCAGCGCUGGCUGCUUUCACCCCUGGCCUCGUCGAGGCCCCCCAGAGCAUGGACAACGCGCUGCUGAGCAAGACGUUCAAGCAGCUCCGCACACAGCACCCACGCGCCGACGCGCUGGGCCCUGGGCCAACGGAAGGGUGGAAUCAAGCGGAGCGGGCAGGCCUUCUGGUUCGGUGA